AUGGACAGCCUACAACAAAUCCUAGUCCAUCUACUGGACGAAACAGAAUCAAGCGCUGACUCAGAUCAUGGCGACUGCCACCAUGACCAUCACCACCACCACCUUCAUCACAUUAAAGACCAACUCGAUGACUUGGAGCCCUCUACACAUCUUCAGUUGCUUCAUCAGCUUCUCUGCGUCCGAAAGCCGAACCCGCCGCUUCCGGAAGACGUUCUAGUCGGGAUAGACUCAGUCCUACGAAAGCAGGCGUCCCAUCGUGUCUUGACAUUGGCGGGCUCUAUCCAACCAACAGUCACACUCAAACAAACGAGCCAGAAAAGUGUUAGAGUUACGCUCUGGAAAGGUGACAUCACGACUCUCACGGGCAUCACUGCAAUCACCAAUGCCGCCAACGGCCAGGGACUCGGAUGCUUCCAGCCGCCGCACCGCUGCAUAGACAAUGUCAUUCACUCUUGGGCUGGCCCACGGCUUCGGGAUGAGUGCUACCGGGUCAUGAACCUAAGAGGCCGUGAAAUCGAACCGGGCGAGGCGAUAGUCACAGACGCGUACUGCCUGCCAGCAGACCAUGUGGUGCACACAGUCGGGCCGCAACUGCAUCGCGGCUCAAAACCAACGGCAGACGAGACUGAACAGCUGGCCCAAUGCUACCGCAGCGUUCUUGACACUGUCGAAAUACUGCCCGCGACGCCGGAUGGUAGGAAGAUUGUCGCGUUAUGCGGCAUCUCGACCGGCUUGUUCGCCUAUCCGGCGCGAGAUGCUGCGGCCGUCGCGGUCAGCGUCGUCACGGAUUGGCUCGAGCACCACGAGGAUACGUCCAUCACCGAUGUCAUCUUCAACACCUUUACGGACGCCGAUCAUACCAUCUACCAGGAGAUCCUGGCUUCUCUCCCGCAUGUAGGGAUGGGCCCGUCGCCGACUCCGCCGGCAAGUGAGAAUCACCCGCUGCUGAUCCAGUGCGACUCGCUAGACCGGGCCAGGCAAUGGCUGGACUCGGCUGAUACAGUCAUUGUGAGCGCCGGCGCAGGUCUCUCUGCUUCGGACGGGCUGGAUUACACUUCGUCGGCCCUGUUUGCCAAGCACUUUCCGGGUUUCUUGAAGUAUGGGCUGCGAACUCUGUACAGCGUCUUUGGCUUCACCUCGUGGCCGACGGAGCAGGUUCGCUGGGGAUACUACUUCACGCACUUGGGGAUGGUCAAGUCUUGGCCCGAAUCUACAAUGUACCGAACGCUCAUUUCCUGGCUUGACAGGUUUGGAGAAAGCGCCCACGUGAGGACAUCCAACGCUGAUGGCCUCUUUGUCGCCAACGGCCUGUCACCAGAGCGGCUUUCAACCCCCCAAGGCUCAUAUGCUGUCUUCCAGUGCCUAGCGAAUUGCCGACCGGAUGCGACAGUGCAAUCUGCACCUUUAGUUGCUGAUGCGCAGGCGUUCUUAGACCCGGUAUCGCAAGCACUGACAGACGCGAGCAAGGUGCCCCUCUGCAAGUUUUGCGGCGGCAAAAUGAAUAUCUGCGUGAGGGCAGGACACUGGUUCAAUGAGAAGCCCUUUCAAGACGGGGAGAAGAGAUGGAAGCAGUUCCGGCGGGAUGUGUUGCAUCGCGAGGACAGGACGACAGUGAUCCUAGAGCUUGGCGUCGGAAUGUCGACGCCUGGGGUCUUGAGAUGGCCCAACGAGGAUCUAGUCAUGAGAGGCGGGGGAAGAGUGAAGCUCGUGAGGGUGGGCAAGGGGCCUGAGACGGCCGUCCCAUGGGAUUUGGAGGAAGAUGGGCUGGCGACAAGUAUAGACGGCGAAAUCUCAGCGGCGGUGAGGGAACUGCUUGGGACACGAGCAUAG